AUGGCGAGCAAGAAGAGAGCGAUCGAACGCGCGUUUCGCGCGAUCAUCAGUAGGAGUAGGAGUAAUAGUAGUAGCAGCACGACGUCGUCUUUGAGAUCAUCUUCUGCGUCUCCAUCAUCGCUCUUUACUAUCACGAGGCGGAAUGUGUCCUCGACAUCAUCAUCGACAUCGUCGACGACAGCAACGGCUUCUGAAUCAUCGUCUUCCCCAUUGGUGAAGAAUUUCGACGUCUACCGGUGGUCUCCGGAAGCUCCGAAAGACUCGAAAGACUCCAAACCGCACUAUCAAUCGUACUCGGUCGAUUUGAACGACUGUGGGCCGAUGAUGCUCGACGUUCUCUUGAAAAUUAAAGACGAACAAGACCACUCGUUGAGUUUCCGCAGAUCGUGCCGAGAAGGCAUCUGUGGAUCGUGCGCGAUGAACAUCAACGGCGUGAACACGUUAGCGUGCUUAUCUAAAGUGGAGAAAUCAACCGCCGCGGAGACGACGAAAGUCGCGCCGUUACCGCACAUGUUUGUGGUCCGAGAUUUAGUCGUAGACAUGAGCAACUUUUACGCGCAGUAUAAAUCGAUCAAGCCGUGGUUGAUUCGAGACGACGAGGAGGAAACCAAAGCGAGCGGCCGAGAAAAUUUACAAUCGAAAGAAGAUCGCGAAAAAUUGGACGGUUUGUACGAGUGCAUUUUAUGCGCGUGUUGUUCGACGUCCUGCCCAUCCUACUGGUGGAAUUCGGACAAAUAUUUAGGCCCGGCGGUGUUGUUGCAAGCGUAUCGAUGGAUCAUCGAUUCGCGCGACUGGAAAAAGAAGGACCGGUUGAUUCAAGUCAACGACGCGUUCAAGUUGUACAGAUGUCACACGAUUAUGAAUUGCACCAAGGUGUGCCCGAAAGGCUUGAAUCCGGCCAAGGCGAUCGCGAAGAUUAAGACGAUGGUGAAGUAG